CAGGUGGGGUUUCACGAUUGCGCACAAGGGCUUACAUCUUCCUGUUGAGAUAAAAAUAUCAUAGCAAGACCCCAAAACAACCCAAAUAUUCGACGUUUGGUAAGAAAAUUUGAUAAUUCAUACGAGGUUUUGUGAAAAUCUUGAAGGUUGGAGAGCAUAGAGGGUGGUGAAAUCUGUUAGUCGUUAUCAAAGAACCAUAUCUUCUGGAGGAAGGAGCCUAGUAGAUGUUCCUGGUGUUACCUUCAGCGCUUACAUCAUUUUUGGUGGAGUCUGCACAACAAGCCCACAGACACUACCUAAUUCACUGGAUUUUGUCAUCUUUUUAUGUUGAACAAUGGCUAAUAGGGGAGGAGCGCAAAGACCUAACGGCACACAGGGCAAGAUAUGUCAGUUCAAACUGGUGCUUUUGGGAGAGUCUGCAGUUGGAAAGUCAAGUUUAGUGUUACGGUUUGUCAAAGGUCAAUUCCAUGAGUUCCAAGAAAGCACAAUAGGAGCUGCAUUCCUGACACAGACAGUUUGUCUUGAUGACACAACGGUAAAGUUUGAAAUUUGGGACACAGCUGGACAAGAGCGUUACCACAGCUUGGCACCCAUGUACUACAGAGGAGCACAGGCAGCAAUUGUAGUUUAUGAUAUCACAAAUCAAGAAACCUUUGGAAGGGCCAAAACGUGGGUAAAAGAAUUGCAAAGACAAGCCAGUCCCAACAUUGUCAUAGCACUAGCUGGAAACAAGGCAGAUCUUGCAAACAAGAGAAUGGUUGAAUUUGAGGAGGCCCAAGCAUAUGCAGAAGAGAACAGCUUAUUGUUUAUGGAGACAUCUGCCAAGACUGCCAUGAAUGUCAAUGAUAUAUUCCUGGCAAUAGCCAAGAAGCUUCCAAAGAAUGACCAAGUUGGAGGGCCCAGUAGUGGACAAAGGGGCACAAACAGGGGUGUGGACCUAACAGAGAGUAACCAGCAAUCAUCAGGGGGGUGUUGCAAAAACUAACGAAGGCUGCCAGUCUCAUCAUGAAAUGUUGCAUAUUAUUUUGAAAGACAGAAGGAUUGGGGCAGCCAAAGGUCUUGCCCUGUGCUCUGAAGCUAGAGACAUACCUACAAAAAAAAUCCAGAAAUUCAUUUAAUCAGAACAUAGUUGGCAGAGGUGGUUUAGGCUGUUCCCACUGCUUUACUGUUUGAGUUCCUUUCUGCUGCUAUCUAGACCUUCUUCGAUGAUGCGCAUACGUAGUGUAGCACAGCAAUGACUGUCAGUGAGAACAGCCUUCUAUUGUGUGGGUACGACCUAGUGCUCUGUCUGUAAGGUUUAUUUCAUGAACUCUACAGAACUGAAUGUGAAAUAUGUGAUAUGCAAAUGAUACACAUCACUUAAUAUAUUAGUAAGAAUUACCCACACAAGGUGUCUUACAUAGUUCCCACACCUUCCCACACCUGAUAGUUGAGGGUGUGUAUACAAUAUUGAAAGUACCAUGUGUGGGUCAUAAUGCCAGAAGAAAGUGAUAUGUUUUAUUUGUUCUAUAAACUAGUGAUAUGGAUUAUCAUUGUUUGAUAAAUUGCUCUCAUUUAAAAAAUCAUGACUCGUUAUCAUACUGACGAUCGGUCAUCGCUUAUCGUAAGUAAAAUUUCAUUCGAGGCAAAAUGAGUUGGUGGUCACACAAAUGUUCCUAACCAAUAAUUUAGUGAAAAACCACUUUAUGAUCUCGUAAAUCUGUUUUCUGUAUCAAUGACCAGUCACAAACAAUUAUACCAUGGGUUACUCUUCAUGAUGUGAAGAAUUAAUAGCCAGAAGAUGAAUGAACCCAAAGCCGACAUUAUAAAAACAAAUGUCACAUAGGCUUAUCAUUUAUGAAUGAACAAUUCUGAUAUGAAGAUAUUUGGAACCAUACAUUAUGUCAAGCUAUUUCAAUAUUGGAUCAUGGAAUUUUUUCUGAUCAAUUUAAAAACUCAUUUAAAAAAAAACACAGUUUUAUAACAAGGCACUGUUAAAGAAAUCUCUUAUGAGAACAUAUUCCUGUUUUUUGGUAACUUUGGUAUUGUAGGAAUUUACAGAUUUUCGUCAAAAUGUUCCAUGCAUUAUGCUUCAUUCCAGCUGGCAUGAUAUAUCCUCUUGUGAUGUCAUUUUGCCAUCACAAUACUAGUUUGAAUUUACAUACAAGAUUUACUGCCUCACAACCCACAAUAUAUCACUAGGCAAGGUCUUCUGAAAUAAGUUAAAAUAGUAGUUAAGUCUUUAUAAAUCAAAUUAGAAAAGAAGGCUAGCUAUUCUGGAAGAGGGAUUCUUUUACUUUCUGUCAGUUUGAAUCCAUUAAGAUAAUUCAGGUACGAGAAACUAAAAUUUCUUUGAUACCAUUUCUUUUGCUUUGGACUGCUGAGAGUGAUUCUUCAAAUUUCAAACUUCCAAUUUCUCAUUCUUUUAUCUCUCCUUAAAAUCUUUCUGCAUCGUAUCAGAAAUUAGUUAGGUUAUUGUUAAUCAAUUUUGAAAAGCUAUGUAUCAUUUUAAAUUUUAUGAUCUACUCUUUCAAUGAGAAUUGAUAAAUAUGAAGAAAAACAUGGUUAAAAUGAAGGUGGUCUUGUAUCUUUCAGGAGUAUGCAGAUGACUCUCAUUUGUAGUGAUGAAAAUGAAUUCAUUGCCUGUUAUUGAAGAAUUCAUUAAAUUCAUGUUAAGGGUUCAAAAUUUGAUGGUAUGGCUAUAUACAUAUAGGAAGUUCACCUGGCAGUGUACAAUUACUUUUACUAGUGUAACUUAAUAAAACUGAAGAUGCCAAUAGUGAGCAUGGAAACCAAUCGAUGUGGAGGACAGUAAGUCUAGUUCAUAUAACAAUAUUCAUGUAUGUACAUAAGGAUACUGUGAUGUAAAUUCACACAAAUCCAUCCAAGCAUCAAUUUUAUCCUUUUAUUAUGAAAAAAAGACAAAUAUUAUGUUCAUGAAAACAACUUGUAUGAUAAGAAUAAUACUAACUAUUGUAAUGGUUGUGAAUUAUAAAUAAGUGAAUACAGAAACUAAGUAAAUGUUAUUGUAAAUAUGGAUUAUAUGCUUAUUAUUUGUAUCAUGUGUUCCAACAUUUUUGUUAAUCUUGUCUCUUUCAUAGUUUUAUUAUCCCGACCCAGGUGUCUAGUAUUUUCUCCAGUAUAUUGUUUCACAUGUUGUAUGUAGUCGGAAGGCAACUCGUUUAUUUACAGCACUUAUAGUUGAUCUAGUUAUUUACGGGAAAUGUGCCCUGGUAUAUGAUAAAUCAAUCACUUCAUGAAGUAUGAUAAGUAGGUCAGAUAAUUCUAGUAUUUGAUUUCUCAUAUUUACAAGGGUAGUCUUUAACUCUUGUAAUUUACAGAGUAUCCUGUCACAGAGUGAUUUUUUAGCAUGUAUACUCACAACUGAUUAAUAAUUAGCAAGGUAAAUUACCAUUGCAAUCGAAAUAUGGUCACAGUAUGAUAAUGAAUGUCAGGAAAUUAUGUUUCCAGGGUAUCGUAGAAGGGGCUGUGGCACCCCAAGGAAUUCACUCAAGACUUUUUUUUCCACUGUUGUUGAUUGCACGUGAUACCGAAGUUAACUUGCACUUAUAUGUAGGCUUGCUCCUAAACAUAUAUUUUCCUCACAGGACUGCUUGCAACACACUCUAUGUUGACUUCAGCCAUUACUCUGAACACCUAAACAACUUUAAGCAAUAUUGAGUUCUUAUAAUUAUGUAAACAUGUAUUCAUUUGACUUGACAAUAGUUAGUAAGCUAAAUCAUAUGAUCAAUGUUUAUACAGUUGUAAAUCCAUUUGACUGUGUGUGCUUUGGUACAGUCAAAUUGGUGGGUUUUAUUAUUGAUGUGAAUUUUGAAGUCAUGUUUUAUUAGCUUUAUUUAUCCACAUCAAUAAAAAAAGGGUAAUGGUAAAGAAAAAAAAAGAGGAUAAGAUACAAGAAAAGGACAUUAAUCAUCAGAAUUGAAAUAUGAAUGAAGUCUUUGUAUAUAACAUUCUUAUGGCCCUUUAAUUUUAACAUAACCUAGAAUUGCGACUUUGUUCAUUGGGAACACUAGUUUAAAAAAAAAAUUGCCAUUUUUUCUUUGUUGAAUUUUUCUUUCUCAUGUUAUUGCUUCAAGAAUAAGCUUUGUAUUAGCACAGUUGUACAAUAUUGUACAGGUACAAGAUACUUCUUGUAGCAACAUAUUUAUAACACUUUACAUAUAUACAAAUCUGUCUUGGAUUGACAUAGUAACUCUAGUCUGUAUAAGUUCUUUCCUUCUCUCUUCAUUUAUGCGAGAUGUCCCAUUUUGCAUGUUGUACUCCAGUACAUGAUAAUGCUAGUUAGUAUGAAAAUUUCAAGCUUACUUUUCAAUGAAAUGCUCCAGUUCCUUAUUGUUUAUUUGAUAAUUCUUGCAAGAGGUGUUAACUUUCUAUUAUAAACUAUCGGACAUAUAUCGGUAAACUGCAACUAUUUUCAUUACUGAAAUAUGUGAUAACUGGGCAAUGUGUACUUCAUACUUGCAUUAUCAGAUAAGGUACAAAAGGGUGCUUUAUCUGUACAAAUCUAUUGAAUUAGCACCCUUUAGUUCUUGAUCUUGGUGUAAGGUUCUCUUCAAUAAACCAAUUUCCAGUAAAAAUGGGCAGUGUCUACUAGAAUCAAUGUUGAUUAGAAAUGCAAUAUCUACAUCUAGAAUGGAUUUUUUUUUAUCAGGGGGCCCAUUUCAUAAAGGACUUACAACUGUUGUAACUAUGGCAUAAUGGCAACUACCAUGGCAACAGCGCUCAUCAGCCAAUCAAAAUGAAGGUUACCAUGGUAAUUGCCAUAAUGGCAAAGUACAACAGUUGCAAGUUCUUUAUGAAAUGGGCCCCUGAAGUAUGCGAUCAGUAGUACAUAUUGGAAGAUAAAAGUUCCAUUUCUGUAGUUUGUAUGAAUGGCUAGUGUUUGCUUGAUGUGAAAGGCCUAUUUGAAAGAAUUGUCACUGUGCCGUCCGCAGUGUAUGUUAAAUACCAACAUCUUGUUUUGGAUGUUGUUAAGAUGGAGUCAUUCGUUAGUAUAAAGCGAUGUAAGUAUAUGAAAGAUGGUCUCAGAUACCUGUACAUCUGUUAUAAUUCAUGGGGGAAAAAAGCGUGAUAUAUCUAAUACAAAGAUUAUUUUUGGAUUAUGUGGCAGUCAUGAUAUUUCAAGUCGUCAGCUUGAGGUUUUAUAAAAUUGUGUAAAGUCAAAUAUAUUUUUUUGUUUUUGUUUUUUGAAGAGAUGGUGGGGGUUUGAAUCAUCCCAAUAAUUCCGUCGUAUAAACUUAUUUUAUGAAUAUACUUUAUUUGUAAGAGCACUGCUAUCGUGCGAUGCAGUAUACAUUUUCAGCAUGUCAAAACUGUUGAGUAGAAUAGGCUGAGCGGCUGCUUGGCGGAUACCGUAGUUGCAGGGAAACUUUGGGACUCUCUUAGCAAACUAUAAAGUCAUGAGACACAAGUACACUGUCUCUUGAGUGUGCCCAUUAGUCAGUGUAUGUACUGUGUUAGGAGACAUGGCUACACUUUGGUGUUUUGCAGGAUGCGAUAUCAACUUAUCACCUCUCUCUCUAGCCAGUUAGUGUCCUGGGGUCAUGUUAGCCAAAAUGAUGCAGUAAAUUUCCUUUCUGUAAUGUGGAUUAAAUAUUUCGGUUUUUUUUUUCUUCUAAGCAAAAAUUAAAGGAAUGCUUAUAAACAAUAUAUUAUGACUUCAUAAAAAGCAAGGGCAAUUUUUAGACUCUUAUCGCUUCAAAGGUAAACAUUUCCAACUUUGAGACUUAUUCAAUUUAUUAUUUAGUCCUUUUGUAUUGUUCCUAAAGCUGUGUAGCUUAUCACUACAUCUGGAAUAACUGGGUAUGCUUUCAGUUUAUAUGAUAUAUAAAGUAUAGACAGAGGUUGUUAUUCUGGUUUGUAAUUUUCAUUAUUAUUUUGUUAUUGUGUAAAGUUGAUGAUCAUGCCUGUUUUAUCCCAAAAGAUGAAGAUGUAAUUAAAGAAAAUGGAUGAAUACGUAAUAUGUGAAAACUAUUUACCAUGUACAUGUACAAUGGCAUAUGUGUACUCUAUUCACAGUGCAAAAAUAAAAUAAAACAAUUUUGCUAUGGAA